GUGUGUGUGGGGAAUAGGAAGCCUGCAAAGUUUGGUUGGAGCUGGGAGUUGGAACUGUCGUAGGCCUGCACUGCAUGCAUACCGAGCUAGCCCUCCGUGAAUACUACCACAUCUUCAUUUUGACCCGAAUAUGCGUUGAUUUUCGCUUCCCUUUCGGUUCACCCUCCACUUCUUUCCUCUCUCACCAAAAAUUCCACCACCGCCACCCUUUCUCUCUCCCACCAUUUUCUCUAAAUAAAAACCACUUAUAAUCAGAAAAUGGUUCAGAGCGAGCCAGAUAGAGCUGGUGAAUGGCUAGAAGAGCCAGUUCUCCGGGGGAGUUUGUUUAGCAAUUAGCAUAUGAGAGGCCCAGUACAAAACAAACAUCUCGUUUGCAAGAGGAGUUCAGACAACGGAUAGAAUACAAGAAAUACUACUUUUACUCACUCGUAUGCUUACCUUGUAACUCUCUUUGGUUAUCCAACGUAGCGUAAAGAACUUUAACACAGUAAGCGCUCAGCUCCAAUGGCGUCGGCUUUGGCGGGAGACGAUCUCGCCCGGUCGACUAGCAGUAAGAGGAGCUAUACAUCGGCUAGCCGAAAGAGCUGGGCGUCGUCCAGCUUCCGGGAAGUAUGGACCCCGCCGAUGGACGUGUUCAGCCGUAGCGGGCGGCAGGAUAACGAGGAGGAGGAGCUGCGAUGGGCUGCCAUCGAGCGGCUGCCGACCUACGAUCGGCUAAGGAAGGGGAUGCUGAGGCAGGUCCUCGACAAUGGUAGAGUUGUGCAAAAUGAGGUGGACGUCGCCAAUCUUGGGACCCAGGACAAGAAGCAGUUGAUGGAGAGCAUACUCAAGGUUGUGGACGAAGACAACGAGAAGUUUCUUGGGAGAGUCAGGGAGAGGACUGACAUGGUGGGGAUUGAGAUUCCUAAGAUUGAGGUUCGGUAUGAGCAUUUGUCCGUGGAGGGGGACGCGUAUGUCGGGAGUCGAGCGCUUCCUACUCUUCUUAAUGCUACCUUGAACACAAUCGAGAGGAUUCUCGGAGUGGUUCACCUUGCUCCACCCAAGAAAAGAAAAAUCCAGAUACUUGAGGAUGUUAGUGGAAUCGUCAAACCAUCGAGGAUGACUCUACUUCUGGGUCCCCCAGGCGCAGGAAAAACAACAUUGUUGCUGGCGCUUGCUGGGAAACUCGAUGACGAUCUAAGGGCAUCUGGGAGAAUCACCUAUUGUGGUCAUGAAUUGAGUGAAUUUAUUCCUCGAAGAACUUGUGCUUACAUUAGUCAACAUGAUCUUCACUAUGGAGAAAUGACUGUCAGAGAGACGCUGGAUUUCUCAGGACGCUGUCUAGGGGUUGGUACAAGAUAUGAAAUGUUGGCAGAACUCUCAAGAAGAGAGAAAGAAGUGGGAAUUAAGCCAGAUCCUGAAAUUGAUGCAUUCAUGAAGGCCACAGCCAUGCCAGGUCAAAAGACUAGUUUGGUAACAGAUUAUAUUAUCAAGAUACUUGGACUGGAUAUCUGCUCGGAUAUUAUGGUUGGAGAUGAGAUGAGGAGAGGUAUCUCUGGUGGACAGAAGAAGCGUCUGACAACUGGGGAAAUGUUAGUCGGACCGGCAAAGGUUCUUCUUAUGGAUGAGAUAUCAACAGGGUUAGAUAGUUCUACUACUUUCCAGAUAUGCAAGUUCAUGAGGCAAAUGGUUCAUAUUAUGGAAGUGACCAUGGUCGUUUCUCUUCUACAGCCAGCGCCAGAGGCAUUUGAUCUUUUUGAUGACAUUAUCCUACUUUCAGAAGGUCAGGUUGUCUACCAAGGUCCUAGAGAAAACAUCCUUGAGUUCUUCGAGUUCAUGGGUUUCAAAUGCCCAGAAAGGAAAGGGGUUGCUGACUUCUUGCAAGAAGUAACGUCCAAGAAGGAUCAAGAACAAUAUUGGUUCAAGAAGAACCAACCUUACAGAUACAUCUCGGUUCCUGAAUUUGCACAGGCCUUCGGUUCUUUCCAUAUUGGCCAACAGCUUGCAGCUGAUCUUAGCAUUCCUUAUGACAGAGCUAGAGCCCACCCAGCUGCAUUGGUGACAGAGAAGUAUGGUAUAUCAAACUGGGAACUAUUCAAGGCAUGCUUUUCAAGGGAGUGGCUGCUAAUGAAGCGUAAUUCUUUUGUGUACAUAUUCAAGACUACCCAGAUAACAAUCAUGUCGAUAAUUGCCUUUACAGUUUUCCUUAGAACAGAAAUGCCAGUGGGAUCUGUAUUGAAUGGAGGAAAGUUUUAUGGGGCACUAUUUUUCAGCCUGAUUAAUGUGAUGUUCAAUGGGAUGGCAGAAUUGGCAAUGACUGUUUUCAGGCUUCCUGUCUUCUAUAAACAGAGGGAUUUCUUAUUCUAUCCUGCUUGGGCUUUUUCCUUACCUAUUUGGGUCCUCAGAAUCCCUCUAUCAUUCGUAGAAUCAGCAAUAUGGAUCAUUCUUACAUACUACCCGAUUGGAUUUGCACCAUCUGCUAGCAGGUUUUUCCGACAGUUCUUAGCAUUCUUUGGCAUACAUCAGAUGGCACUGUCCCUAUUUCGGUUCAUUGCUGCAGUCGGAAGAACACAAGUUGUUGCAAGUACAUUGGGUACCUUCACCUUGCUAAUGGUUUUUGUGCUUGGAGGGUUCAUUGUCUCCAAAAAUGACAUUGAGCCAUGGAUGAUAUGGGGCUAUUAUAUUUCUCCUAUGAUGUAUGGGCAGAAUGCCAUAGUAAUGAAUGAAUUUCUUGAUAAAAGAUGGAGUGAGCCCAGUACUAAUGGAGCUACAGUUGGACAAGUCCUGCUCAAGUCCAGAGGCUUCUUUACCGAUGAGUACUGGUUUUGGAUUUGUAUUGGAGCACUUUUUGGAUUUUCUCUUCUCUUCAACCUUUUAUUUAUUGCAGCAUUGACUUUCCUUAAUCCUUUGGGUGAUUCAAAAGCAGUCAUUGUGGAUGAGGAAAAUGACAGGAAGAAAAAGAAGUCAUCCGCUGGACAGCAUGGAGCGGAAGGUAUCAAUCUGCCUGUGAGAAGUUCUUCAGAAAUUGUUGAUGCUUCAGAUAAUAGCCAAAGAAGAGGAAUGGUUUUACCCUUCCAACCUCUUUCACUUGCAUUUAACCACGUGAAUUACUACGUGGAUAUGCCAGCUGAAAUGAAGACUCAAGGGGUUGAAGAAAAUCGCCUUCAAUUGUUACGAGACGUUAGUGGUGCUUUCAUACCAGGGGUACUGACAGCGCUUGUGGGUGUCAGUGGUGCAGGGAAGACAACCCUUAUGGACGUGUUAGCAGGAAGAAAGACGGGUGGCUACACUGAAGGAACCAUUAGCAUAUCCGGUUAUCCUAAAAACCAAACAACAUUUGCCAGGGUUUGUGGUUACUGUGAACAGAAUGACAUUCAUUCACCAUAUGUUACUAUCUACGAAUCUCUCCUAUAUUCAGCUUGGCUCCGUCUAUCUUCGGAUGUAAAGACACAAAAACGAAAGAUGUUUGUAGAAGAAGUUAUGGAAUUGGUUGAGCUUAAACCACUGAGAGAUGCACUAGUUGGCCUUCCAGGGAUAGAUGGUCUUUCAACAGAACAAAGGAAGAGGCUGACAAUAGCUGUGGAGCUGGUUGCUAAUCCUUCUAUCAUCUUCAUGGAUGAACCGACUUCUGGUUUGGAUGCCAGAGCUGCUGCUAUCGUUAUGCGUACAGUUAGAAAUACAGUGGAUACUGGAAGAACUGUUGUAUGCACUAUCCACCAGCCUAGCAUAGACAUUUUCGAAGCUUUUGAUGAACUAUUGCUAAUGAAAAGAGGAGGACAAAUCAUUUAUUCCGGACCUCUUGGUCGCCAUUCUCACAAGCUACUAGAAUAUUUUGAGGCUGUACCAGGAGUUCCUAAGAUCAAGGAUGGCUAUAAUCCUGCUACAUGGAUGCUUGAAGUCACUGCUCCGUCAGUUGAGGGACAACUUGAUGUGGAUUUUGCCGAAAUUUACGCCAAUUCCUCACUUUAUCAGAGGAAUCAGGAACUCAUAAAUGCGCUCAGUACUCCGGCAUCAGGCUCCAAUGACCUCUACUUCCCAACCCAAUACUCCCAACCUUUCCCUGUUCAGUGCAAAGCUUGUUUUUGGAAACAAUAUUGGUCAUAUUGGAGAAACCCUCAGUACAAUGCCAUCCGUUUCUUCAUGACAAUAGUCAUUGGUGCAUUAUUUGGUCUUAUCUUCUGGAACCAAGGAGACAAGAUGGCCAAACAACGAGCCAAACAACAAGAUUUGAUGAAUCUAUUGGGAGCCAUGUAUGCUGCAGUGCUUUUCCUUGGAGCUACCAAUGCUUCUGCGGUGCAGUCAAUUGUUGCCAUUGAAAGAACAGUUUUCUACCGCGAAAGAGCAGCCGGAAUGUAUUCCCCACUGCCUUACGCAUUUGCUCAGGUGGCCGUAGAGACAAUUUAUGUUGCAAUUCAAACUUUUGUUUAUUCUCUUCUUCUUUACUCCAUGAUCGUCGAAUGGAAGGCAGGCAAAUUCUUGUGGUUCUACUACUACAUAUUCAUGUGCUUUGUCUACUUCACCAUGUAUGGAAUGAUGAUUGUUGCACUGACACCGGGCCAUCAAAUUGCUGCCAUUUGUAUGUCAUUCUUCCUCAGCUUCUGGAACCUGUUCUCUGGUUUUCUACUUCCCAGGACGCAAAUCCCAAUUUGGUGGAGGUGGUACUACUGGGCUUCUCCGGUGGCUUGGACACUGUAUGGUCUGGUGACCUCUCAAGUGGGUGACAAAGACACUGUCCUUGAGAUUCCUGGAUCCGGAAGCAUGCCAUUGAAGACAUUCCUUAAAGAGGAGUUAGGUUUUGAUUAUGACUUCCUUCCAGUCGUUGCCGUGGUCCAUCUUGGCUGGGUUCUCCUCUUCUUCUUUGUGUUUGCCUAUGGCAUCAAAUUCCUCAACUUCCAAAGAAGAUAACCAACUUCAGUUCACACGUGCUAGUCUCAGAAUUGCCUGUACAAUAGUAAACCAAUUGUAUAAGUAGUUAAAGACGUGGAAACAUUAUAGUUACAUUUUUUCUUGGGGGUCAAUUUUUUUCAUAACGAGUAUUUUCAUUCUUUUAGUCAUGAUUAUGUAUAGGCAAUCAAAAUGUUUGAUAUCAAUGUAAGCUAAUGAAAUGACAUAUAUGUUCGUGAA